UUUUCGACUUUUAUAUGAGACACCGGAUUCAUAUAACCCUCCACUACUCCACUAAUAAACAAAUAAUAUAUUUUUUUUUAUCUGUGAGAAAGAUAAAGCAAAGUAUAUUAAAUUGAACGAAUUCGGACGAAAAUUUUCAACAUGGAAGAGAUUACACCUGUUAAUGACAAUGAUUUAAAAGAUUUGAAAGAGCGCAUGAAUUUGAUUGCCCAAGCUGACCCCAAACAGUACCACAACGAUUUCUCCCUAAAGCGUUUUCUGAGAGCCUUCAAAACAGUUGACGAUGCAUUCCAGGCCAUAUUGAAGACUAACAAAUGGCGAGAGCAAUAUGGUGUGGAGACAUUGGACAGUGUCGCCGCUUUGGAGCAAUAUAAGGACAAAGCCAGAGUUCUACGCCAUAGGGACUGCUUUGGACGACCAGUUGUAUAUAUACCAGCCAAGAACCAUAAUUCCAGCGAGCGUGAUAUUGAUGAGAUGACAAAGUUUAUUGUCAAGUGUCUGGAAGAAGCAUGCAAGAAAUGCUUCGAAGAAGUCACGGACAGACUUUGCAUUGUUUUUGAUUUGGCCGAGUUUAAUAUCAAUUGCAUGGACAUGCAGUUGGUCAAAAAUUUGAUAUGGCUGCUGAGCAAACACUAUCCCGAACGUCUCGGAGUGUGCCUCAUUAUCAACUCCCCCGGAAUAUUCUCCACAGUUUGGCCGCUAAUAAGACAGUUAAUUGACGACAAUACCGCCAAAAAGGUGGUCUUUGUUAACGACGAAACUGAGUUAUGUAAAUAUCUUAUACCUGACAUCCUGCCCACCGACAUGUAAAAAUGUCACGACGGAUCGAUACAUACAAACAAGGCCAUUGUUUUCUUAUCAAAAUCAAUGGGCAAACAAAUGUACCUUACAAAGAUGCUAUAGAAAAUUUACUCAGUCGGUCCUAAUAAGUGAAAACAUUCCUUACAAAUGAUCCAUAUGUCCAUAAUCUUAGUUAAAAAAAAAAAAUAGAAGCUGUGUGUAGUACUAACAUAGUGGACUGUAGUAUGUAUAUGUACCUUGGGUAUUGAUUUCAAAAAUGUAUUGUAAAUGUGUAUUAUUUUUGCGAAUGUGUCUUUAUCAUACAUGUAAUUACGUAUUGUCUAUGUAUUAUAUGAAAUUUUUAUGUUUGCCAGCUGUUACAAUGUUUUCGUUCAGUUCUGAACAUGAAACCCCACGUUUCAAGGAAGAAAAUGUAAUUGUGUAAACUUGUAGUAACAACCAUAUACAAUAUAUAUACCUACCUACCUACCUACCUACUAAACGCUAAGCGGGAUGAUGUUAAUAAAUGUAAAUCUAACCAAAUAUACAUAUAUAUAUAUAUAUAUAUA